AUGAUCAGCGCACUCCACUGGGUUGCGCGGGGAAAGUCCCUUCCGCACCCCAAAAAGUACGUGCUCGACGAUGCCGAGAUGGACCGCGUCUCCAAGAUGGCCAACGUGCAGUUCGAAGAUGCCAAGGCGCAGCUCGAGCGUGCCCAGCGCGACAUUGCGCGUGGUAAAGACCCCUUUGCCCCUGCCACCGCCGACGACGACGCUGAAAACGAUUGGGAGGACGAUGCCUCCUCCGACGACGAGAUGAAGGACGACACUGCCGCCGAGGCACCUAAGACCGCCGAAGACCCGGACGACCUCUCGCGCUACAACCUGGACGAGUACGACGACGACAACACAGAAGCGACCGCCGGCGCCUUCAGCAACAUCCGCGGUCUCGCCGUCUACCAGUCCAACUCGGACGACCCCUACGUCACCGUCGCCGACGAUGCGGAGAAGGACGACGAAGAGGAGCGUGAGGAACUCGAAGUCUACCCGACCGACAACUUCCUCAUCACCGCCAAGACCGAGGACGAUGUCUCGCAGCUCGAGGCGCACAUCUACGCUGCGCAGGACUCGAACCUCUACGUGCAUCACGAUCUGAUGCUGCCUUCGUUCCCUUUGUGUUUGGAGUGGCUUGACUAUGCGCCUGCCCGCGAAGGCUCGGACCAAAACACCUCGGGUGCGGCCGGCAACUAUAUUGCGGUGGGGACGAUGGACCCGGAGAUCGAGAUCUGGUCCAUGGACGUAGUCGACGGCAUGUAUCCCGAUGCGAUCCUAGGGCGCAAGCACGAGACGGACGCGCUGAACGCUCCGCUCGGAACGGGCAAGAAGAAGCGCAAGCAGUCGAAACCACGUGUAGCCAACGAGGCGUACCAUGUCGAUGCGGUGUUGUCGCUCUCGUGGAAUCCAGUGGCGAGGAAUCUGCUCGCCUCCGCUUCGGCAGAUUGCACCGUCAAGCUGUGGGAUCUUUCGCGACCGCAUAGCAGCGAGAGCAGCGCAGCGUUUCGCUCGUUCGCCGCGCAUAGCGAUAAAGUGCAAUCCGUCGCAUGGCAGUGCAAGGCUUCGUCCUCGUCCAACCCGGCGGUGCUGCUGACGGGAAGUUACGAUAAGACCAUCCGCGUGUUCGACACGCGCACGCCGGACACGGCAUCCAUCAUUUCGAUUUCGAGCGAUGUCGAGAGUGUGGUGUGGAACGGUUGGUCGACGGAUACCAGUUCGUUUCUGUGUUCGCUCGAAUCGGGUCUGGUGCAGUCGUUCGACAUUCGUUCGCCCCAGUCAGCACAAUGGACGCUCCAGGCGCACGAUACCGCAUGCACAAGUGUCGACAUCAGCCCGCACAUUCCAGGAUGCAUCCUCACCGCCUCUUCCGACCGUUCUGUCAAACUCUGGAACCUCUCUUCGGGCGAAGAGGGCAAGCCAAGCGCGAUCAACCUCGUUCUAUCGCGCGACCUGGGCCUGGGCAAGAUCUUUGCGGCAAAAUGGAGCCCCGAUGACCCACUGACGUUGGCCGCCGCCGGCAGCGCGGGCCAGGUUCAGGUGUUCAACGCGCUCUCGAACGCUGCGGUGAGAAAGACCUUCGGCGAUAGACUGAGAACGUUGACGGGCGCACAAAAGGUCGAUCUGGAUGGAAGCGAGCCCAGUCGUGGCGAUGGGAUCGUGCGCAUUCAGGACGAUGAUGAGGACGACGAGGACGAAGCGGAGGAUAUGCAGGAGUAG